AUGGUCAGUGACUUCGAGAACGCCGAGAUCGCCCCGGACCCAAAUAUCGAUGCCUCCGAAGCGGAGAUAUGCAAGCCCGAUGACUGGACAUCGGAAACAAUCUCCAUUGCGUCCAUUCUAUAUAAGGGGGCCCUGAGGAGGGGUGAGUAUUUUAGCCCCUCCGAUGAACAGCAAUUCGAGACCUAUGAAGUGGGACACCUCGCCGCUCUACUCAUGGACUCCGAUGAGUUUUUAAACCAAAAACAUGUGCUCAAAAUCGGCACCGGACAAGGCUCAUGGGCCGUCGAUGUCGCCGAUAAGUUUCCGGACGCUGUCAUUCGUGGUGUCGAUCUUUUCCCUCCGCCGGUUAGCUGGUGUCCGCCGAAUUGUAUCUUUGAGGUGGACGACUUGGUGCAGCCGUGGACUUGA